AUGUCCCUUAGUUUGUCAACUCUUCCAAGAGGUGUUGUGGCUGCCAGGAUAAAUGGUGAACUAGUUAUUCCGGGUUACGGUAAGGUUUUAUCACGCCGCACUAUUUCUCGAGGCAGAUCAUCAAAUCAUGAAAUUGAAGAGAGCUACUCAACAUGGAAAUACUUUAUGUGGGCUAAGUGGGACCGCAAAGAGCAUAAGAUUUUUUAUUGGCAAGAAUGGGAGGAAGAGUGUGAUGAAUAUGUAAUGGUUGAUGGAAGUGUGUGGAGAACACCCUGGGAAGAGGUGGGUGGUUCUCGUCAUGUAGAACGGGAACAUAUUGUUACUUGCUUAUACUGAUACCGAUAUGUUCUGCUGAUGAUCAGAUAAAAUUCUUCUUUUUUAGCUCAAUUAUAUUUUUUCUUUUUCAUCCCUCUGAUCACUACUAUUUAUAAUAAGUUUCUCUCACAUCUUUACUUUCCUGGGGUGUAUUUCUGUAUUAUUAUCAAAUAAUUCUGAGUGUUACGUUUUAGUACUUUAAACUGUAUUUCAUUAUGGUAUCUUUAAUAAUAAAACUCUUAUAUUUCCUCUCUCUAGAAUAAAAUGGAUUUUCAUGACUAGUUAAAUACAUAAUCUUUACAUAAUGUACAUUAUACAUUAUUAUAAUUAGAAACACAAUUUGAAUCAGUAUAAAAUAGUUUAUCUGUUCUUAAAUAAUAGCUAUUAAUACAUGAAUUACAAUAUGAAUAAGAAGUUCCUGUUUUACAUCAAUCGAGUAUUGAUUACAUUUAUCUAUAUUAUCUAUAUAAUACCAUUCUUUACAUGAUUUAAAAAGUACAUAACUAUUGGUAGAAGUACAUUUAUCAUCAUAAUGACAUUGUUUAUUAUUUGGAUUUAAAUAAUACUGUUUAGAAGUAUCACAUUUGGUACAAGUGUUUCCA